AUGAGAUGGAUGGGCUGUACGGGAGAAGCAGGUUUGAAAGACACUAAAAUUAGAAGAACUCAACAUCAGCUGGUCAAAAACUGCCAACAAAACCGGAUUUACAAGCACACGCAUGUUGCACUACUCAAAAAACGAGUGAGUUUCGCGCGCAAUCAUCAGAAACUCGUCCGCCUGUACAUGCACUUAGCUGUCGCACCGCGUCUGGAAUCUCCCGGAGAAACUGUGGAGCGUCUGCUGACAACUGUGAACAUGGAUUGGAACUUACCAGAAUGCCGUGCGAUACCUGUAGCAGCUAGCAGUGUGCGGGUGCUCGAAACCCCGAAGGAAUUCUACGAUUUCCUCGUCGAAAGGUCUCGAUAUGCAAAAUUUCGGAUUGUCUUCAGCACCCUCUACUUUGGUGAUGGUUUAUUGGAGCACAAAUUAAUCGAUUCUAUCGGUUCUAAUAUAGAGCAAAAUGAUAAACUUCGUGUCGACAUACUUUUGGACUACUUACGAGGCACAAGAGGUGUAGGCGAGGAAAAAAGUAGUACAAGCCUUUUGAGAACUAUUGCAGAUAAAGCUACUGUUUACCUCUAUCAUACUCCAAAACUUACUGGUUUUGUCAAGAACGUGCUCCCGGAGAGAACAAAUGAAAUCGUUGGUUUGCAGCAUAUGAAAGUGUAUAUUUUUGACAAUUCUGUGCUCAUAAGUGGGGCCAAUCUGUCUGAUUCUUAUUUUGUGAACCGCCAGGACCGUUAUGUCCUUUUCGAAAAUUGCAAGGAUUUGGCUGAUUUUUUUCACGAUAUAAUCAAUGCGGUUGGAGAUUGUUCGUUUCUACUGAAAGGUGAUGGCUCCAUAGUACUGCAUCCCAGUUGCACCGUGCAUCCUUAUGAAGGAAGUUUCAUUGACUAUCGCAACUUAUUGCGCUCAAAAGUCUCCAGUGUCAUUGCUUCUUUGCAAGCGAAGCAAAUCUCUUCGUCGCAAUCUUCUAGUGACACACUAUUGUACCCUCUAGUGCAGAUGGGCCUUUUCGGAUACAACGAGGAGUAUGAAUUGCUCAAACAGAUUUUCUGUUCCAAGAAUAACACUGUAUCUCUAACAAUGGCUUCUGGUUACUUCAAUUGCAUAAAGGAAUAUGAACAGUUAAUCUUUAGCGAAGGCAAGUACUCAAUGGACAUAAUAACGGCUGCUCCCAAAGCCAACGGCUUCUUCGGUGCAGCUGGUCCUUCUGGUUACAUACCGGCGUUGUAUUCUUGGGUUUGUGAGAGAGUUUUAACGCUAAAGGAUAAGUAUGCACGAAAUGAUGUGAACCUGUACGAGUAUCACCGCGACGGUUGGACAUUCCACGCUAAAGGACUAUGGAUAGAUACCCCUGUACAGACAGCAACACUAAUGGGGUCUUCAAACUUUGGUUAUCGAUCAGUACACCGCGAUCUUGAAGCGGAAAUUCUCCUUGUCACAUCCAAUGAUCGGCUACGCGCUCAGCUCAAAGAUGAACGAAAGCGUCUUUUCGACUAUUCUUCAUUUUUGGAUGCAGCAGCUUUGAGGAGAGUGGACCAUCAUAUACCAGUUAUUGUGCGCAUAGUAUCGCGCAUGGUUAGGAACUUCUUCUAA